AUUCAAAUAAGUUUUCAGAGACGUUUUGUUUAGAAUGGAGGAAAAUUUAGCUGCAAGUGAUUUCGACGUCCAUUACCAUUUAAAAUUUGUGAGAAAAUGUCUUCUGUUGCUGGGAAUAUGGCCUCUAGAUUCGAAACGCUCUUGGAAACCAUUGUACACAUUUUAUUUUUGGUUGACAUUCGUUUACUACAUAAUAUUCGACAUCAGCGGAGCUGUUUUAGCUAUAAAAACUUGGAGCGAAAAUUAUUUAACUACAGCAAGCAGUUUUGGGAUCGUUAUCGAAUAUGUCAGCAACGCCUAUAAGGUUCUCAUCUUCAAAUCUAAAACUUACAAACAAUUAAUAGCCUACAUCGCCCAAAAGGAGAAGAAAAUCUUCAACAGCCAAGACGAAGAGUUUCUAAAAAUUUACAAAGAAAACGCAGCUUUCACAAGAAAAAUCGUUUAUUUCUACGUAUCAAUGGGAUCUACUGGAAUAUCAUUGUAUUUUAUAACGCCUCUAAUAAGCAACGUUGUUUAUCCACUCGGUUACAAUAACAUUACAGGGGUUAAAGAACACCAUUUUAUUGUGUUCAGUUAUUUUCCUUUUGACGCAAACAGAUAUUACUGGGCAGCAUACCUCAUACAAUUCACGGGAUGCUUUUAUGGAUAUGCUUACAUAGUUUACUGUGGAGCAUUUUACAUUACAUUAAUAACCUUCGUAACAGGCGAACUAAAAAUUCUUCAACACUUGUUCGUCAAUUUUAGGAAAUACUCCAACAAAUUUCAGGAGCAAUAUUCUUUAACGGAGGAACAAUCGCAAAUAUUACUUCUGAAAAAAUUAGUAAAAGAACAUUUAAAAAUAAUAAGAUUUGUUGAACAAUUGAACGAUUCUAUAAAACUGUUUAUGCUUCUAAAUUUCGUCAUAUCUUCGUUUCAACUUUCCCUGGUAGUUUAUCAAAUAUUACAGUUGCCUCUUAUCAAGCAAAUCACCGUAUUUUCCUAUUUCAUCACUUUAAGUACUCAAUUAUUUUUAGUCUACAACAGUGCGCAUGAAAUAAGCGUCCAGAGCGAAAAUGUGGCUACCAGUAUUUUUAAGAGCGACUGGUACACUUACAGCCCUAAGAUAAAAAGGAUGAUGCUAAUUGUUUGUAUCCGAUCCCAAAAACCCUUGGUUAUGACCAUCGGGCCUACAUGGAGCGUUCAAGUGACAUCCCUAUUCCAAAUUUUCAAAGCACUCUACUCUUAUGUCUGUAUAAUUAUGAGGAACUGAUGAGGAUGAUGACGAUAAGUUCCCAAUAGAUAUACCGGGUGUGUAUCAGUGUAUCUCAAAAGUGGCUCACCCCUCUAA